UUGAAGAUAGGAUCAUGCGAAUCCUCAGAUUAUUGCUAUAUAGAACGAAAGCCAACAGACAUCCAAGGCCUUUACCGGAUCACAAAAGGAUGUAUUAAAAGACCGUUACGCACACACACUGGGUGUGAUUAUGACCGUUUUAAUGACCACAUCCUGUGUGUUUGUAAAGGUAGCUUAUUAUUAACCUCUUAUUGUGCAUCUGGCUGUGGAUACGGACCCCCCUCACUACCAUAUUUUUACAAAGGACCCGAAUUACUAUACCACCGAACCAGAUUAUGUAUCACUAUGAGCAGCGAUAACAAGAAGGAAUUGGCACUGCACCGAUGCGUUUCAUGCGAGAUCAGUUCGAGUGAUGCCAAUAUCAUAUCGUCUUGCAAACAAAACACCUGCAUCGCGCACUUCUGCACUUACAACACUCGACGACUGCACAACAGCAACAGUCCAUUCAUGAACGAGAGACAAGGAUGCAUCAACGUCACUGACGACUACCAGGUUCGUUGCUCUUCAUCCAGCAAGCAUUAUGACUCUACCACAAUGCAGAUGCAAUUCGGAUGUUCUCACAAGUGGAUGAAUAACGAAGAGGAGGAAUUACUGUGUGCAUGUAGAGGUGACAAGUGCAAUCGAGACCUGCUAUCAGCCAGUCAAAACAACCACAUCUCUAUUUAUCAUCACUCGUUCGUUCAUUUACUCCUAUCCUUAUUUGUUAUCACCAUUCUAUAA